ACCUCCAUUUUGUCCUAAUGAGAAAUUUGGAAUGUCCCUAUAUCCAAAACUCUUCCUUAAAGAAUGCUCUAACAGUCUACCAAAUUUCAUGCUUGUAUCACUAAUAGCACAAUCUUCCCACAUAUCUGCUGGACUAAAACAUGUCAGUGGAGAUGUAUCCCGUGAAGUCCUGCUCUGGGGAUGCCGACUCGUGGUUGAAGGCUGGAAUCAAUUUGAAAUGUCCUAAUGACACCAUCGGCAGGAACCUUUACCAGUGUGCCCCUAAGGAUGAUAAGACUGACUUGGUCGAGUUCUGCUUGAAGGGAUCCAGAGGGAGAUAUGAAGAAGGUCUAUGUGUGUACGCCUAUCCUAGUGGUCACCUAGAUGUGGAGGGAUGCGAGAAGUUUUUGUCUGGAUGUCCUGAAAAGUCUUACAUCAGCGAUGAAAUUUUCAACUGUAAGUUCAGUGCGAAUUUGUAAACGGACUGGAAAGUAUCACUAUCUGUCUGUCUGUCCGUCCGUUUGUCCGUUCGUCCACCCGCCCAUCCAUCCAUCCAUCUGCAAACCAACAACUCUCUCCAAAGUAGAUACAACCAGCAGAU